AUGUCUCCGCCCAACAAAGACAGGCGAUGGAGUUUAGGUCCAAAAGAAACCCAAAUAAAUUCAUUAUUUUGUACAGAUUUGGACGAGAGUGAAACGUCUCGCUCUGCCAUUCUCUCUGACUGAACUCGCAAGGUGCUCUUGGUUACUUUUUGUGACACUAGUGUUAUUAUAAAAACUUUCAAGCGAAAUGUUUACAGUAAGAAAUUCAUUUCGCAGAUCGUCAAGGCUUAUAGAAAAUAUUUGUUUGAAAAAUGGUGACGUGGCUCUAGACUGUAUUUCCACUGGCCCCCAACAGCAACAAGGGACCUUCUAUGAAUUCCGUACCUACAGAAUCCUUCCAGAGAAGAACGCUGCCUUCCUCAAGCUGACCAAUGAGAAGAUCCACCUGCGUACUGCUCACUCCGAGCUCCUGGGCUACUGGAGUGUAGAGUACGGAGGCUUGAACCAGGUCUUCCACAUCUGGAAGUAUGACAGCUAUGCUCAGCGGGCAGGUGUGCGCGCAUCCUUGGCUCAGGACCCCAAAUGGAUUGAGGAGUACAUCUCCAAGGCCAUGCCCAUGCUCAUGUCUCAGGACAACGAGGUCACGUAUUUGGUACCCUGGAGCAAGGUGGACAGGCCACCCAAGGAAGGUGGGGUAUAUGAGUUGGCAUCGUUCCAGAUGAGGCCAGGAGGCCCAGCAGUGUGGGGGGAGGCCUUCCAGGCUGCAGUCAGUACCCACGCUGCCGGGGGGCAUGCCCACCUGGUCGGGGUCUUUCACAGCGAGUUUGGACGGCUCAACAAAGUCAAUGCUCUGUGGUGGUAUGAGAGUCCGGACCAACGGGCAGCAGUACGCCACAAAGCCCAUGGUGAUGCCAGGGUGGUGGCAGCUGUGAGGGAGAGUGUGACCUAUCUGGAGUCGCAGACGAGCAAACUCAUGUUCCCCUGCCCCUACUCUCCCCUCAAGUGAUCUCACACUGAAACCCAGGAUUAAAGGGACUAAACCUAUGAGUCUUACACUGUUUAUAGACCUAAGUAGAGGUUAUAAAAUGCUACUGAGAUUUCUUAAAUCAAUCAACCAAUGGUGAUCAUAUCAUCUAAAUGUGAUGACAGUUGCACUCAAACAAUGUAUUAAUUGUAAUUAUGAAUGUUGUACUGAUAUCAAUAUAUGUCACUCAGAACCAAGUAUAAUUAGGACCUUGGCUAUAACAAUGUUUAUUUCAUUCUACUGAGGACUGUUCAGUCUUAACAAUAGAUGGCUCUUGUGAAAUGCAUUUAUAUGUUGUAAAGAACUGCUUGUUAUGAAAUGUCUCUGUCCUGAAUCAAACAGUUAUAUUAGUAAUGGAUUAGAUUUAUAUUAUAUGUAUUAUAAUAUAUUACAUUUAGACGCGUGCAUACGUUUUGCAUAUGGGUGGUCCUGGGAAUCGAACCCACUACUCUGGCGUUACAAGCGCCAUUCAUACUAUAUUAAUAGGUAUAGAUAAUUGUGCCUUAUUCAUCAUGUACAUACCACAUGAAUACUUGUCUGGACUAGAAUGCGCUUUUCUGUAACCUUUGUCAAUAAGAAGGUUAUGAGAAGAUGUAUGACCAAUAAAGACAUAUUUCAAAAUGAAA